CGGGGCGGAGCGCGGCCGCCGGAAGUGCGUGGCCGCCCGCGGCCAUGGCGGCACUAUCUCUUGUCGCGUUGCUGUUGGGGGCAGCGUCCUGGCCGCCGGCUUCUGCCUCGGGUGAGGAGUUCUGGCCCGGACAGUCGGCGGCCGACAUUCUGUCGGGGGCGGCGUCCCGCAGACGGUAUCUGCUGUAUGACGUCAACCCUCCGGAAGGCUUCAACCUGCGCAGGGAUGUCUAUAUCCGAAUUGCCUCUCUCCUGAAGACUCUGCUGAAGACGGAGGAGUGGGUGCUCGUCCUGCCCCCGUGGGGCCGCCUCUAUCACUGGCAGAGUCCUGACAUCCACCAGGUCCGGAUUCCCUGGUCUGAGUUUUUUGAUCUUCCGAGUCUCAAUAAAAACAUCCCCGUCAUUGAGUAUGAGCAGUUUAUCGCAGAGUCUGGUGGGCCUUUCAUUGACCAGGUUUACGUCCUACAAAGUUACGCAGAGGGGUGGAAAGAAGGGACCUGGGAAGAGAAGGUGGACUCGCGGCCGUGCAUCGAUCAGCUACUGUACUCCCAGGACAAGCACGAGUACUACAGAGGAUGGUUUUGGGGUUAUGAGGAGACCAGGGGUCUAAACGUCUCCUGUCUGUCCGUCCAGGGCUCGGCCUCCGUCGUGGCACCGCUGCUUCUGAGAAACACGUCGGCCCGGUCUGUGAUGUUAGACCGAGCCGAAAACCUGCUUCAUGACCACUAUGGCGGAAAGGAAUACUGGGAUACACGUCGCAGCAUGGUGUUCGCCAGGCACCUGCGGGAGGUGGGCGACCAGUUCAGGAGUAGGCACCUCAACUCCACAGAUGCCACGGACAGGAUCCCCUUCCAGGAGGACUGGACGAAGAUGCAGGUCACGCUGGGCUCGGCGCUAGGGGGCCCCUACCUGGGAGUCCACCUGAGAAGAAAAGAUUUUAUCUGGGGUCACAGAGAGGAUGUGCCCAGUCUAGAAGGGGCCGUGAGGAAGAUCCGCAGCCUCAUGAAGACUCAGCGGCUGGACAAGGUGUUUGUGGCCACAGAUGCUGUCAGGAGGGAAUAUGAAGAGCUAAAAAAGCUGUUACCUGAGAUGGUGAGGUUUGAACCCACGUGGGAGGAGCUGGAGCUCUACAAGGAUGGAGGCAUCGCGAUCAUUGACCAGUGGAUCUGCUCACAUGCCAGGUUUUUUAUCGGGACCUCAGUCUCAACAUUUUCUUUCCGGAUUCAUGAGGAAAGAGAAAUCCUGGGGUUGGACCCCAGGACAACGUACAACAGAUUCUGCGGAGACCAAGAGAAGGCGUGUGAGCAGCCCACGCACUGGAAGAUCACCUACUGAGACAGCGCCGCUCCUGGCCCAGCUGACGCGGGUGGGCGCACGCUCUGCCAUCGUGGAGUCAGCCUCUACUGCCCAGCCAGGCCCAGCGGAGGCCCCACCCUUGGGGUAUGACGCAUCUAGAGUCGCGUUUUGUCCCCGGCGUUCCUGGCCACCGUCGGCUUAUGAAGAGGCUCCGCUGCCUUCAGGGCGGUGGUUGUGUUUGCAGGCGGUGUCUGAACCCACAGCUCAGUUGUGUGUCCAGAAGCAGGGAGUGUGUCAGACUCCAGCUCGGGGCCUUUCCAGCCGCCUUUCAUGGCUUCAUAUUUUAAGUGAGUUGAGCUGCCUCCAUUGGGUGGACGUGGGGCUGACGUUUCCCUGGGAGCCGGUGCAAGGAACAGCGUCAUUUUAAAUUCUGUGGGAGCAGCCGGGGCCUUACGAACCUCCUGUGCCCUCUAUGCAGCAGGAGGCUGCCUGCGAGUGUGUUUUCUCCCAGGAUGCGUGAAAGGCAGACCUGGUGCUGCACAGGGAGCGGCCUGAGGCCUCAGGGAGCCCCAUGGAGUGAUGACAGUUCAGGCCCCACUGUUGGCACGUCAGCGUGCUGGGAAGUUCUUCAGUGAUGCCUUGGGGCAGACACUCAAUGGAUUGUCUGUAGGAAAUUAUGGCUCUGCCC